GUGCAAAUCAGCGCCUUGUCUGGACUGGUCCCUCUGGAAGAAGAGGCUGUGAGGGGAGCCCGUGGCGUGUCAAGCGCAAGACUCAGAAAACUUACCUACUCUCCCUGCCUGCCCAUCGCCAGCACCCCUCAAUCCCGGGCCUGGGGACCUGGGGCCGUAGAUGGUCGGGGAGGGGCUGCAGACUCUGAACUGAAAGUCCAGGGUUGGCUGGCUCCUCUAACUGAUGGCAUGUUGAAGUACAUGGGCCAGAAGCAGCGAGGGCAUCUGAUCCAGAGGGGGCCACUCUAGAGGCCAGGCCACCACCACCAUGGGCCAGUGUGUCACCAAGUGCAAGAAUCCUUCAUCAACCUUGGGCAGCAAGAAUGGAGACCGGGACCCUAGCAGCAAGUCACACAGCAGGCGGGGAGCUGGCCACCGGGAGGAACAGGUGCCACCUUGUGGCAAACCAGCUGGGGAUAUCAGUGUCAAUGGGACAAAGAAAACAGAGCCUGCCACUGAGGCCUGCCAGCUGCCAACAUCUUCUGGAGAUGCUGGGAGGGAGUCCAAGAUCAAUGCUGAGGAGUCUUCCUUGCAGAGGUUGGAAGAACUGUUCAGGCGCUACAAGGACGAGCGGGAGGAUGCAAUCUUGGAGGAAGGCAUGGAGCGCUUUUGCAAUGACCUAUGUGUUGAUCCUACAGAAUUUCGAGUGCUGCUCUUGGCCUGGAAGUUCCAGGCUGCUACCAUGUGCAAAUUCACCAGGAAGGAGUUUUUUGAUGGCUGUAAAGCAAUAAGUGCAGACAGCAUUGAUGGGAUUUGUGCACGGUUCCCUAGCCUCUUAAUAGAAGCCAAACAAGAAGAUAAAUUCAAGGAUCUCUACCGGUUUACAUUUCAGUUUGGCCUGGACUCUGAAGAAGGGCAGCGGUCACUGCAUCGUGAAAUAGCCAUUGCCCUGUGGAAACUAGUAUUUACCCAGAACAAUCCUCCUGUAUUGGACCAAUGGCUAAAUUUCCUAACAGAGAACCCUUCGGGAAUCAAGGGCAUCUCCCGGGACACUUGGAACAUGUUUCUUAACUUCACUCAGGUGAUUGGCCAAAAUAUUUGAACCUGGCUACAUGUUGUGUACCUUUUUUUUUGAAGCCUUCAGAUAGAAUAAGCCUGCCAUUUCUUGCACAAAUUUAUUAAAUUUGUUUUGUUUUUGUGGGGGAGGGUGUAGGCCCAGGUGGGGAAAUGGGACUGUUAGGUUGAAUUAACAUUACAAAAUGAUACAGUGCCAGAUCUCAGUUUUGCAUAUUAUUUUUCAGGGCAGGUCUGUACUGUGUGUAGUGCUGUUUACAUGGUUGAAUUUAGGUUGUAAUAAUUAUUUUAAAAAAUUUACACAGAUAUGAAUAGCAGUGUUAACUGUUAGCCACAUUGCAUUAAUUUCCAGACAGUUUGGAGCUCUUGGAGAGCCAGGGCCAAGGCCAGUCAAGAGCAUUUGCAGUCUGACACACCACCCCAUCCCUUUAAGGUAAUUUAUCCAAAGCCCUUACCUCCAUUACUUUUUGCUCAUUCCUUCUUUGACCCAUUGCAUUUUAUGUUUAAUUUACCCAUCACCAUGCUGUACCUGUCGGUCAAGUGAGCAAUUUUGUUUUGUUAGAACACAUUGUACUGAAAACCACUUAAGCGUUGAAUGCAGAGAAAGCAGUGCUACCUCAGUUUUGCUGGAAGUAGACUUCUUUGAUAGUUUUCUUUAAUGUUUUUGUAUUUUCAUGUCAUAAGUGGAAAUACUUUGUUUUUUUUUUUUUUUCUUUUUCAUUUGCCUUGGAGCCAAAGUUUCUGUUCCAGAUGGUAAGAAAAGUGUGCCUGCCGGCCAGCUGACCUAAAAAAAAGCUAUGGCAUGGAACUCUGCUUCAAACUGUUUUUUUCUUUAAUUUUUUUUUGAGUAUCAUCAGCUUACUUGUCUGGCAAGUGCAGAAGCCUGAGGCUGGCCUGAACUCUGCCAAACAAAUUAUCCAAGUAUAUUGAAUCAUUAAAUGUGUGCCCCUCCCUCUUUGCUGCGCCCAUGUUGUCACUUAACCCCUAGGAGUUAUUUAUUAUCUUUUUGUUAAUGUCAAGCUCAUUUGGGGUAAUGUGAUGACUGUUUAGGUUUACAUGACCCUCUUCUCCUUACCUUAUCCCCAGAUAUGUAUAUAUACAUAUAUAAGAUAUGUAUAUAUUUUACCUUUAUAAAAUAUAUAUAUACACAUAUAUGUAUCUAUAUUCCUUUAUUUGUCUGCUAAAACUGGCCAUAAAAGAGGGAGCUGCCUUUGAUCUGUAGUUUAAGAAGAUGCCAGGGAGUGUCAUAAAUGGAGGCUAUUGUAUUAUGAAUUUGGACAUUUUGACUAAAGCGAACUUGAAUGAAUUUGCUUGCAGGAAGGAGAAACCAGUUCUCUAGACUCCACAUGUUCACUCUGCAAGGCCAGCUUUGGUCAAGGUGCCACCAGGGCCUGAGGAGCUGACUCUGUCCUACCUAGUUUCACUAGAGGACCCUCUUGGUAAUUUCCCAUUAAAAAAUAUCCUCUAAAAGUUGUACUGGAAGGUGGGUGGCAGGAGCUUGUACAGUUCAGCUUCCAACACUUCGGAACAGAUUUAAAAGGGAAUCUUUUAAUAAAAGUUACAAAAAUAUUUAUACUCUUGAUACAAUGAAAAGUGUCUAUUAAAUACUUGGAAUUUUCUCCCUUGAUUAGUCUACCCCAAAUCCUGGGUAUAUGUUUCUCACCAUGGGCAAGAGUUGCAUGCUUUGAGUUUUUUAUGAGUCUUACAGCUCUGGGCUCCUAUCUUUAUAAAAGAUGGUAUUUAAGGAGAUGACAGUCCUAUUUCCUAAAAUUGGUAUUGACACAGGGAACAUUUUUUGUAGGCCUGACAAUUGUCCUUUCUUGAGAGACAGAUGAGAAACCUGAAAUGAACCACAGACUUAAGAUAGUGCUGGCAGGCUAAAGAGCAGGCUGUUAGGCCAGAUGUGCCCCUUUCUUCUAGCCAUAGUAAGACUGUUCUUGAGUGAGUAUCCAGGGACCCAGCAGUUUCUGAGGGCACAGCUACACAGCAGCCUUUGGAGAAGACCUCAUCCAUCCAGUCCAAUGAGGGAAGAAGUGGUGGUGUUCUAGGUAAGACUUUCUGUUGCAGAUAAGAAAGGGUAUAUGUGGCAGGGAAGUGCCAAGAAAGGGAGGCCAUUGAGGGUUUCAUGGACUUGGAGGAACUAGAUUUUAACCAAUUGCUCAGUUUUUCCAACCCCAGUCAUUUAGAAAUUAUUUGUGAUUGUAUUUUUAAUGGUCUGUUGUUGAGAAACCAGAGAAAGGAACAGUUAGAGAGGAACCUGGGGUUCUCUUUGCAGUAGUUUUUGUUUAUUUUACCAAGAGAUUUACAGUGAGAUUAAGUUUUGUAGUUAACACUUCUGAGAAACAAAAGCCUCUGCUUCACUCAGCCUUAGAUAGGCCUAAUGUUUGCCCCUUGGGUAAGCCAACUUUGUGACACUGGGGUGAUGUGGGGAGGGGCAAUUUAUGCGUGCCAUUUUGGAAUUCUGCAACAUCUAAGCAUUGUUAUACAGACAGAAUCUGUUGGAAAAUUGCUUACUUUUGGCAAGUGUCUUUUUGAGUUUCCAUGGUAUUUUAUUUUAGUAAUUUAUUAGCGAGCUGGUAUAAGAUAAAGGGUUGCUCUAUUGAAUUCUUUCCCCUAGCCUCGCCAAACUUGAAUGUAUCAUUCUUACACUUUGCUGUACUACUAGGGAUUGCCUCAGCAGCUCAUUUGACUGUGGCAGAUGUGCCCAUGUGUGUGUUGGGUCCAAAAGUCUGUAUGUACCCAUCUGAUAAAGAAAAAAAAAAUCUUCAGAGCUAGCUGAAAAUUCCAAUUUCAGGCAAAGCUUUGGGCUAAGGGAAAGAUAACAGAAAUUGUACAAAAGCAGUAUUGUUCAUAUUGGAUGGACAAAGUGAAGAGUUAAGCUGCACAUAGUAUUAGCUUGAAACAGUACUGUCUCUUAGGGCCUGAUCUUUAGGCCAGAUCAGGCUAUGGGACCCCCCAGAUUAUGUACUCGGACCAUUGGUAGGAAGUUGCUGAGAGCUAUAUAUUGGAAUGUAUGGUUUGCUAUAUUUCAAGUGGGGUCUUCAGUGCAGCAGGUAGACCCAGUUAUACAAUUACAUAAGGGACAGAAAGAAAGCUACUGCUAAGAAUUUACCUGCCCCCUCUUUAGACUUCUUAUUCUAGCAUGUAUGUUAGGAUGACUAGUGAUGACCUGAACAUCUUGGUUAACUGACCAGGGUCAAGGACUCAAGCAGUAUUUAACUUAAAUACUUGAAAUGACAAAAUUAACAAAAUAUGUCAAUUACGGCUUUUUAAGGACAUGUGACAUUGAUCCUCCCUUCUGGGUCAUGUAGAGGAAGUUCUUGCCACUCCUCUUCAAAGUACAUUCCUAUGUUAAGCUGUAAUAGCAGCCCAUACCAGUUGGCCCAGGACUACAUGCUGGGGAUGCUUACCAGCUCCCUCUCUCCCUUAAGCAUUGGGUGCAGAUGCUGAGAUGGUUUGGUUAGCUGAAUAAUCAAGUUUGAUUCUAGUGUUGGGGUGUUAUGUUCUGUUUCUCUUAGAAACCCAGCCUGCUCUCAUAGAUACCUACUUCUAUUACAUAUCUUGAACAUUGCCAAAAGAAGCCAUUCAGCAGCUGCUUUUUUUUUCUCAGUACAAAUAUAUUUGCUAUGGAAGAAGUAUCUUCCCUCUAAUGCUGCAGUCCUCAGAAUCUGGUUAACUGCUCUUCCCUGCUGCACUGAGUAUGGUUCUAGGUUUUGAAGAGGGAAUUUGAAGCAAUAGGUAAACAGGGCUUGGUUGAAUUGGUCUCACAUAUAUACUGUCUUAAGCCGCUGAGGUGAUGAGUCCACUGCUCAUGUGACCCUACACCUUUGUGGAUACCUCUUGGUUUGUGACCAGCAUAUGUUUCUUGAGGUUGUACAAACUUGACAAAAGUUAAUACUUUUGUAUUCUCUGCACUGUUGCACUCUUCAAAUAGCCCCUUGAAUAUUAACUUGAUAUAUACAUUUUUGUCUUUGAUGUCUACAGUAUUUUUUUUUGUUUUUGUUGUUUUUUAAUUUGAAGGUUAUCUGCUGUUGGAUUCAAUAAAUUUGUUUACCUGA